GAAAAUGGGUAACAUUUGCUAAUGUUAAGCUCUGGAUAUUAUUCAAAUAAAUAGAUAAGACUCUCUAUCUGAAACUCAAAUAAAUCAACAGGAGAAUAUUAUAAGUUUGAAAUCUUUAAUGAAAAUGUAGGUGUAAUUUGGGAUUCCAAAGGACAAAGAUUUGUUAAGACUAGAUUCAAUUUAAUAAAAAAAGAAAAUAAGGAAAUUAGGUAUGUCGAAGCUGGUGGAGCAUUUGUAAAAAUGUAAAAUUAUCAUCCAAAUAAAUAAUAGCGAUUAGUUUAAAGAUUAUUCAGUGAGACCAGAAAAGACGAUGAAUUUAGAAUAUAUGCAGAAUUGUAAAUGGAUUGGAUAACACGGAGAGAAACUUUAAAAAAUUGGUAAGUGGACUGCAUCUUGGAAAGGAUAGAAAAUGGAUAGAGUUGGUGGAUAUUACUCUAAUGAUGGAUAAAAGGAAGGCUUUUGGAAUGAACUUUUGGAAAACUAUUGGAGGUAAGUGAUUAUAAAUGAUUAUCACUAAUAGUCGAGGAUAAGUUUAGAGUUAUGGAGAAUACUUUAAUAAUUAAAAAAUAGGGUCAUGGAAUUAUAUUUAUUUUAAAAAUAUAAUGUAUUAAUUUUUAUUAUUUAUUAUAAGAGGUGGUGGAUAUUAUAAUGAAAAAGGUUAAAGAAAUGGUAAAUGGAUAGUUUUAAGUGAUAAGUUUUGGGAGUAUUAUUAAUUCAAUAAAAAAUAAUAGUUGUAGUUAAAUCACAUAUCAUGGAGAAUACAGAAAUGGAAAUAAGAUUGGUAGAUGGGAUAUAUAUUUUGAAAAAAAAUUGAUGUAAAAUAAAUAAAUUUAAUAAAGUGGUGGAGGGUAAUAUUAUUAAAAUCAAAGAAAUAAAAAUGGAUUUAAAAUUGGUAGAUGGAUUGGACCCAAUGAUUGGUAUUAUUUGAAUUUAAUAAUUUAUUUAAUUAUUAGGCAAAGCUAAAUCAUAGAUGAUGGCAUUUAUAAAGAAGGUAGAAAAAUUGGUAGAUGGGACAUUUGGUUUUAAAAAGAUUAUGAAAAUAAGCAAUUAGUGUAAAUAGUUGAAUAUUAUUUUUAGUGGUGGAGGUUAAUACUAGGAAAAAUAAUAAGAUGGUUAAUUAACAGAAUCGAUUAAAAUUGGAAAGUGGACUGAACUUUUUGAUGGGUUUAGUAAGUAUGUUGAUAUAAAAUAUUUAAUUAUUAGUAAUAGUUAAAUUACCUAUAUUGGCGAAUAUCAAAAUGGAAAAAAGGUUGGAAGAUGGAGUAUAUUUUACAUGGAUUUAUGGACAAAACAGAAUAAUUUAAUGUAGAUAAACAUAAAUUAUUUAUGUAUAGUGGAGGUGGAUUAUAUAAUUUUAAACAAGAAGGAAAUGAAAUUAUAAAUUCAUAUAAGAUUGGUAGAUGGAUUGACAUAAAUGAUGGUUUUUGGGGGUAUUAGAUAAAUUUCUUUUAUUAGUUAUGGUUAGGUUUUUUAUACUGGUAAUUAUAUUGAUGGGAAGAAAAAUGGUAAAUGGGCUAUUUAUUUUAAGGAUGAAUGGAAAAAUGAGAAAUAAUUAAUGUAAGAACAAUUUUUAUAUAUUUAUUAAAGUGGUGGUGGAACAUAUAAAGUAGAUCAAGAAGACGAUAAUUUUAUAAUUUCGAAUAAGAUUGGUUAUUGGAUAGAAUUGAGUGAUAAUUUUGGAGAUGGAUUUGGAUAAUAAUAAAUCAUAUUUACUGGAGAAUAUAAAAAUGGUAAAAAGUUUGGUAUAUGGAACGUGAUGAAAAGAGAUAAAUACAAAAUGGAAGCGGGAUUCAAAACAAUGUAAGAAUAUAUUUUUAUUCAAAUUUCAGCUUAUAAAACAAAAUUGAAGGUUAAAAUUGA